CUAAAAAGGAAUUCACCCAGAUCAGAGUUACUUUUUCAGUGCUGCUGAUUGUUACUCUGUCUUGCUUAUUUUGAUGUUUACUGAUCUUGUGGAUUUUGUCAAGACCGCCUUCUGCAUUCAGAGACUAAAAGCAUUCAAAUGUGAAUUUGUGCAUUUUAUAUGCUUUUGGAGGUGUUUGAGAUCGUGAGAUAUCUAUUAAGUUCAGGCAUUCCAUCUUCUAUAUGGAUCAUACGACCAUUCCCCUUGUCCUUCUCUUCACACUGGCUUCAGUCACACCCAUAAUGGGGUGUUUCUGUGACCACUACCCAUGGAGUUCUUGGUCUUAUUGUUCCAAAACCUGCAACUUUGGAACCCAAGAACGUACAAGGGCUGUGCACUAUGAUGAGCAUUGGAUAAAAAACAAUUGUGCCCAGCUGUGUCAGAUACAUGACAGCAAAGUGUGCAGUGCUGAGGCUUGUCCUAUAAACUGCCAAAUGACUGAGUUCGGACCUUGGUCAGAGUGCUCGCCAUGUGCCAAAAAAUCUUUCAGAAUCAGGUCUGUGUUGAGACCGGCUCAGUUUGGGGGAGAAGAUUGUAACGAACCUCUUUCGGAGGCAAGACCCUGUUAUCCCUCCAAGGAAUGCAGGAUUGAGCCUGUCAACUGUAAAGACAAGUUCACCUGUGACAGUGGAAGAUGUAUUAACUCGACUCUGAAGUGCAACAACCAAAACGACUGUGGGGACAACUCUGACGAGAAGGAUUGCGGGGAUACAAAAAAAGUGUGUGCGAGUCAAAGACUAUAUGCUUUCAUUCCUGGAGCAGACCUGGUUGGUCAUGGAUUUGAUGCAAUGGCAGAAGAGAUGAGGGGUGCUGUUCUGGAUAACUCGUUCAUGGGAGGGGACUGCAAUAUACAAAAACACCGGAGGAACUACUACCGGAUCCCUGCCAACAUUGAGAACUAUGACAUUAAGGUGGAAUAUGCUGAGGAUGUUCAAGAGAAAGCAGUCAAAGCUGAAAAAGUCAACUUGUCCAAAGAAUCGCUCAUACAGUCUAGUUCUUUCAAAGAGGCAAUCAAAGCAUCUCAGCAAAAGGACUCAGAGUUUUAUAGGGUGCAUCAGGUUGUUGCCACAUCAACGUUCAGAACGAAAUCCUCUGACCUCUACUUGUCAGAUCCGUUUCUUCAGUUCCUAAACAGUCUGCCACUGGAAUACAACUACGCCCUUUACAGACAGAUCUUUCAGAAGUUUGGUACACAUUAUUUCAGAUCUGGCACAUUAGGGGGGAGGUAUGACCUCCUUUUCCAAUACGAUCGAGAAGAACUGAAAACCUCUGGAUUAACAGAAGAAGAAACUAAAAAUUGCCAUAGUCAGGAUAACACCAUCAUCGCUAUAUUCUACAAUAGAAUAUCACAUAGUUCCACAUGUGGAACACAUCAAAUAAAAACCAAAUAUGAAGGGUCAAUUGUAAAAGCAUCUGAGAAGUGUAUCACCACAGUGCAAGGAGGUAGAGCUGAAUUUUCAGCAGCCCUGGCCUGGGAGAACAAAGGUGUAUCGCCAGACAGCAAUACGUACAAGGACUGGAUCAAAUCUACCAUAGACAAUCCAGCUAUUAUAGAUUAUGAGCUGUUGCCUUUAGUGGAUUUGGCGCGGGGAUUCCCUUGUGCUGCAACAAAGAGAUGGCAUCUUCACAGGGCACUUGUGGAGUACCAGACAGAAUUUGACUCUUGCAAAUGUACCCCCUGCCCAAACAAUGCUCGGCCAGCUCUGUCUGGAACACAGUGCACUUGUAUUUGCCAGACCGGGACCUACGGAGAUACCUGCGAGAAACGAGCGCCAGACUACACUGCAGUGGCAGUUGAUGGGCGCUGGAGCUGCUGGAGUUCCUGGACUUCUUGUGACACCACCAUGAAGAGGCAUCGCUCACGUACCUGUAACAACCCUGCACCUCAGCAAGGGGGCAGACCCUGCGAAGGUCCUGAUAAACAGGUUGAGGAUUGUACCAUCUCAAUUUUCCAUAAGCAAAAUGUGUGCCUGAAUGAUCAUGCCUCUGUGACGGAAGGGGACAGUGAGAGCAAGUUGCCCCCUGGAGCUUCCGGCUGUCCCAAACCCCAUCCACCUGCCAACAGCUAUCUAAGGAUCAACAAACGUCAGUAUGAUUAUGGAGAUCAUGAGGAGUUUGUUUGCUUCACUGGCUAUGAGCUGGAUGGAUACCAGCUCAUCCAUUGCCUGCAAGAUGGUACCUGGGAGAAACCAAAGGGACGGUGCAUUAAACAAGUUUGCCCCAAACCCACAGUGCCUGAUGACAUGCAGAUACAGCCAGACAAAACCGAAUAUAAAGUAGGAAGUGUCAUCUUGUUGGCCUGCUUACAAAGUGGCAUGAGUCUCUCAGGGCAUCAGUAUUACACUUGUGGGAAGAGUCUUUCCUGGGAGCCAAACAUUGCACAAGACAUACACUGCAAGAUUGAUAAGCCCUUUGUGCCAGACAGCAGCUGUAAACUUGGAGAGAUACAUGAUGGCACUAAGUGUAUCUGCAUGUCCAAAGCGAGCUGCAGAAAUUAUAGGGCAGAUUUGUGCGUUUUAGACGCAUCGAAAGAGACUGCCAUUAUGAUGUCCCCCUGUGCUUUUCAUGCUGGCCGUUGUCAUGGAGACAGGUUAUAUUUUAUGAAUAAUGGACCAUGUGAAACUGACGCGGGCAGUCUGGACUGGGCCAAAUUUAGGGCCCGUGUAUCUGAGCAGAGCUCAGUGCAGGAACCCUGUGGUUCAGACACCUGUUACGAGUGGGAGACCUGCUCAGUAUCAAAUACAUGUGAGUGCAAAAUCCCCAGAGAAUGUCCAAAGGAUGGGAAACACAUGUACUGCUUGAAAAUUGUGAGAACGCAGAGCACACGAAGCAUUAAUUUGUGCUUCAUGGCUGCUAUGAAGUGCAGCAAGAUGGAAUUUGAACUUCUGCAUGAAGGUCCUUGUGCAAGUCCUUAACUGUGCGCAUUUACUUUUAAUGUUCAACACUGAAAGAUUAAAAAAUAACCCAAUAUAUAUUUGUACAUAUAACCAAUUGUUGUUUUUAAUCACUCGCAGCAACAAUGCAGUUAUUUCUUUGUUCACUUUCUUGAUACUCUAUAUUUUUUAGCUACAUUGUGAUGGAUAUUGAUGUGGAACAGCACAAUAAAAAUCUUACUUCCAGAUGUA